GUCGCGCACAGCGCCCCGAGCCCAGGCGCCUCCCCGCCCCCUUCUCGCGCUCCGCGGCGGCAGCAGUAGCAGCAAUAUGGCUGUUGAUGGGUGUUCGGGGUGGUGCCGGCGGCGGGAGGAGCUCCCCCGAGCCCCUGCGCCGGCUGCCCGUUGCUAGCUAUGGCAAAUGGUGGCGGCGGCGGCGGCGGCGGCGGAGGCAGCAGUCUUAGAAUGAGCAGCAAUAUCCACGCGAACCAUCUCAGCCUAGACGCGUCCUCCUCCUCCUCUUCUUCCUCCUCCUCUUCCUCCUCGUCCUCGGUCCACGAGCCCAAGAUGGAUGCGCUCAUCAUCCCGGUGACCAUGGAGGUGCCGUGCGACAGCCGGGGCCAACGCAUGUGGUGGGCUUUCCUGGCCUCCUCCAUGGUGACUUUCUUCGGCGGCCUCUUCAUCAUCUUGCUCUGGAGGACGCUCAAGUACCUGUGGACCGUUUGCUGCCACUGCGGGGGCAAAACGAAGGAGGCCCAGAAGAUUAACAAUGGCUCAAGCCAGGCGGAUGGCACUCUCAAGCCCGUGGAUGAAAAAGAGGAGGCGGUGGCAGCCGAGGUCGGCUGGAUGACCUCCGUGAAAGACUGGGCGGGGGUGAUGAUAUCUGCCCAGACGCUGACCGGCAGAGUCCUGGUUGUCUUAGUCUUUGCUCUCAGCAUUGGUGCACUUGUAAUAUACUUCAUAGAUUCGUCAAACCCAAUAGAAUCCUGCCAGAAUUUCUACAAAGAUUUCACAUUACAGAUCGACAUGGCUUUCAACGUAUUCUUCCUUCUCUACUUUGGCUUGCGGUUUAUUGCAGCCAACGAUAAGCUAUGGUUCUGGCUUGAAGUGAACUCUGUAGUAGAUUUCUUCACGGUCCCCCCUGUGUUCGUGUCUGUGUACUUAAACAGAAGUUGGCUUGGUUUGAGAUUUUUAAGAGCUCUCAGACUGAUCCAGUUUUCAGAAAUUUUACAGUUUCUGAAUAUCCUGAAAACAAGUAAUUCCAUCAAACUGGUGAAUCUGCUCUCCAUUUUUAUCAGCACGUGGCUCACAGCAGCCGGGUUCAUCCAUUUGGUGGAGAAUUCAGGGGACCCAUGGGAAAAUUUCCAAAACAACCAGGCUCUUACCUACUGGGAAUGUGUCUAUCUGCUCAUGGUGACCAUGUCCACUGUCGGUUAUGGGGAUGUUUAUGCAAAAACCACGCUCGGGCGUCUCUUCAUGGUCUUCUUCAUCCUCGGGGGACUGGCCAUGUUUGCCAGCUACGUCCCUGAAAUCAUAGAGUUAAUAGGAAACCGCAAGAAAUACGGGGGCUCCUAUAGUGCGGUUAGUGGAAGAAAGCACAUAGUGGUCUGUGGACACAUCACGCUGGAGAGCGUCUCCAACUUCCUCAAGGACUUUCUGCACAAGGACCGGGACGAUGUCAACGUGGAGAUCGUCUUUCUUCACAAUAUCUCCCCUAACCUGGAGCUGGAAGCUCUGUUCAAACGACAUUUUACUCAGGUGGAGUUUUAUCAGGGUUCAGUCCUCAAUCCACAUGACCUUGCGAGAGUCAAGAUAGAGUCAGCAGAUGCAUGCCUCAUCCUUGCCAAUAAGUACUGCGCAGACCCCGAUGCCGAAGAUGCCUCCAACAUCAUGAGAGUCAUCUCCAUAAAGAACUACCACCCGAAGAUAAGAAUCAUCACUCAGAUGCUGCAGUAUCACAAUAAGGCCCAUCUGCUAAACAUCCCGAGCUGGAAUUGGAAAGAGGGGGAUGAUGCAAUCUGCCUCGCAGAGCUGAAGCUGGGGUUCAUCGCCCAGAGUUGCCUGGCUCAAGGGCUCUCUACCAUGCUCGCCAACCUCUUCUCCAUGAGGUCAUUCAUAAAGAUUGAGGAAGACACGUGGCAGAAAUACUACUUGGAAGGAGUCUCAAAUGAAAUGUACACAGAAUAUCUCUCCAGUGCCUUUGUGGGUCUGUCCUUCCCUACUGUUUGUGAGCUGUGUUUUGUGAAGCUCAAGCUUCUCAUGAUAGCCAUUGAGUACAAGUCCGCCAAUCGAGAGAGCCGAAGCCGAAAGCGUAUAUUAAUUAAUCCUGGAAACCAUCUUAAGAUCCAAGAAGGUACUUUAGGAUUUUUCAUCGCAAGUGAUGCCAAAGAAGUUAAAAGGGCAUUUUUUUACUGCAAGGCCUGUCAUGAUGACAUCACGGAUCCCAAAAGGAUAAAAAAAUGCGGCUGCAAACGGCUGAUAUAUUCCAAGAUGUCCAUCUACAAGAGAAUGAGACGAGCAUGUUGUUUUGAUUGCGGACGUUCUGAGCGUGACUGCUCGUGCAUGUCAGGCCGUGUGCGUGGUAACAUGGACACCCUUGAAAGAGCCUUCCCACUUUCUUCUGUCUCUGUUAGUGAUUGCUCCACCACUUUCCGUGCCUUUGAAGAUGAGCAGCCGUCGACACUGUCACCCAAAAAAAAGCAGCGCAACGGAGGCAUGCGGAACUCACCCAGCUCCUCGCCCAAGCUGAUGAGGCAUGACCCCUUGUUAAUUCCUGGCAAUGAUCAGAUUGACAACAUGGACUCCAAUGUGAAGAAAUAUGACUCUACCGGGAUGUUUCACUGGUGUGCACCCAAGGAGAUAGAGAAAGUCAUCCUGACCCGAAGUGAAGCUGCCAUGACCGUCCUGAGUGGCCACGUGGUGGUCUGCAUCUUCGGUGAUGUCAGUUCUGCCCUGAUUGGUCUUCGGAACCUGGUGAUGCCACUCCGUGCCAGCAACUUUCACUACCACGAGCUCAAGCACAUUGUGUUUGUGGGUUCCAUCGAGUACCUCAAGCGGGAAUGGGAGACACUACAUAACUUCCCCAAGGUUUCCAUCUUGCCUGGUACGCCAUUAAGUCGGGCUGAUUUAAGGGCCGUCAACAUCAACCUCUGUGACAUGUGCGUUAUCCUGUCAGCCAAUCAGAAUAAUAUUGAUGAUACUUCGCUGCAGGACAAGGAAUGCAUCUUGGCGUCACUCAACAUCAAAUCUAUGCAGUUUGAUGACAGCAUCGGGGUCUUGCAGGCUAAUUCCCAAGGGUUCACACCUCCAGGAAUGGACCGAUCCUCCCCAGAUAACAGCCCGGUACAUGGGAUGUUACGCCAGCCCUCCAUCACGACUGGUGUCAACAUCCCCAUCAUCACUGAACUAGUGAACGAUACUAAUGUUCAGUUUUUGGACCAAGACGAUGACGAUGACCCUGACACAGAACUGUACCUCACGCAGCCGUUUGCAUGUGGGACAGCAUUCGCCGUCAGCGUCCUGGAUUCGCUCAUGAGCGCAACAUACUUCAAUGACAACAUCCUUACCCUGAUACGGACCCUGGUGACUGGAGGAGCCACACCAGAGCUGGAGGCUUUGAUUGCCGAGGAGAAUGCACUGCGCGGGGGCUAUAGCACCCCCCAGACGCUGGCCAACAGGGACCGCUGCCGUGUGGCCCAGUUAGCGCUGUUGGACGGGCCCUUUGCGGACCUGGGGGAUGGUGGUUGUUAUGGUGAUCUGUUCUGCAAAGCUCUGAAAACAUACAAUAUGCUUUGUUUUGGAAUUUAUCGGCUGAGAGAUGCUCACCUCAGCACCCCCAGCCAAUGCACGAAGAGGUAUGUCAUCACCAACCCCCCAUACGAGUUUGAGCUCGUGCCGACGGACCUGAUCUUCUGCUUAAUGCAGUUUGACCACAACGCCGGCCAGUCCCGGGCCAGCCUCUCCCAUUCCUCCCACUCGUCCCAGUCCUCUAGCAAGAAGAGCUCCUCUGUCCACUCCAUCCCAUCCACGGCAAACCGACAGAACCGGCCCAAGUCCCGGGAGUCCCGAGACAAACAGAAUGCAACAAGGAUGAAUAGAAUGGGCCAAGAAAAGAAAUGGUUUACAGAUGAACCGGAUAAUGCCUAUCCCAGAAACAUUCAAAUCAAGCCCAUGAGUACCCACAUGGCUAACCAGAUCAACCAAUAUAAAUCCACAAGCAGCUUGAUUCCACCAAUCAGAGAAGUUGAAGAUGAAUGUUGACUCCCAGGAGACCAGAACUAUUUUUUUUAAAGCCUGACAAACUUCAUAAAUGGUGACGUGACUUUUCUUCCUCUUAACAUGCUUUAUCACUGGUGGAAACGUUAGGAUAAGCAAGAAUUGCAAGAAAAAUAGACAGAUCUUUCUCCUUGUCUGCCUUGAAUAUUGCUUCCAUGUAUUUUGGAAAAGAAAAUGAUUUCAUUUAUAAAUGAACAUACUAAGAUAGUCCUGUAUAGCCUCUAGCAUUUUAAAUUAUUUUUAUUUAUUAGAAAGAAAAUAUAUAUUUUUUCUUUUUUUCUCAUUGUCGAAUAUCUUCCCUAUAUCUAACAAUGCAAAAUCAAAAUGCCUAAGUGGCCAGACUCCUUAAUGCAUAUUUCUCUUCUUUAUCUCUUUCUUUGAGGAGAGUGAUGGUCACCACCACAAUUAAUUGUAAUUAAGGCAACUGGAUUAUUAAGGCAAUUUUAAAAUGGCCCAAUAAUGUAAACAUGUAUUUUAGUAAAUUAAAAAAAAAAAGACAAAAGGGGGCAGGUGAAUUUCCUGGAUGGAUGUGUAUUUUGGCUGCACUGACACCAGCUCUUAAUAAAUGGAAACACUUAUUUUCACAUUCAAAAGUCAUAUUUUUGUAGUUUUAGUUUUCAUCCAGUAUUUCUUAUCCUUUUGUUCGUAUAUUUAAAGGGAAGACCUUCUUGCAGCUUUGCUACAAAUGCCAGAUCGGGUUUACCCUGCCAACUAACAAUGCCAGGAGGGUUGUGAGCAUGCCUGGGAUGUGGAAGUUGAGGACCAGAUGCACAGAAGACAUUUCUCUGUUUGUUGUUCCAAUGGCGGGGACUCCUACAUACUGUUUUGCUUCUCAUUUCAUGUCUCCAAACGAACCGAGCAAGUAAUUUCAACUUUGGUAAGGUCUGGUGGACUCUCUCCCUAUCUCCCAAGUCCAGGGCUUUAGCCUGAAAGUUUGUAAACAUCAAUUAACAGUUCUACUUAACAAUAGGAUGGGAUAACACAUUCAUGCGAUUCACUGAGUUUUUGUGUAAAAGUGAAAAGUUUCGUGAUCGAGGAGACGACUUUUGCCCAGAUCUAAAUUUUGCAGGCUUUUCUUUAGUUGCUGGGACAAAAUACACAAACUUGUUACAGGAACCUAAAAAAUAAUAAUACAAGGACAGUUACGAAUACACUUAAUACAGACUAUUAGAAAAGGCCUUUAAAAAUUACCAGCGAUGAAAUCCUAUGUAUCAGCCACUUCAAACUGUGGUCAGAAAAGAUUUCUCUAGCCAUCAGACACAAUUCUAAUGUGUCUGAGCUCUGAUGUUUGCAUGCUCAGUGUCACGGCAUCCCAGCAAUUAUUCCAUUCCAAAUGAUUUUCAACUUCAAAAUGAUAAGUCUUUGAUAGAAUUAUCAGGGUCUCUGGAGCAGCAUGAGUAUGAUUUUUAUUUCUUAAAAAUGUUAAUUGUGGACACUCAAAAAAAAACUGACCAAAAUAUCCCCUGAAAGUCCCAUGCUAUCUCUUCCAUUAGGCCACGACCCCGUGGUACAUAGUAUGUUACUGCAAAUCAGAUCAGAGCCAAGCAAUGAAACCAUCAUGAAAACAUGUCCACUAAGCACUCCAAUUACCACCAUAAGCAAAAUGAGCUUCCAACUCUGUCCAGUCCCUGCAGAGCCAAUGUCGUGUUUCCACCUUGUAGGCGUCGUCCUGAAGUGACUUGUCAGACUGUGGUUACCCUGUCGUCACAUUUUGUAGAAUUAGUUCUAUAAAAGUAUUGUGAAUAUAAUGUAUGUCCAAUUGGAUUGUUUAAAAACUACUUAUAACCAAUCACUAGUCUACUCAGCAGACUAAAAUGACGUCAGCAGUCUCUAUUCAGGCUUAUACACAUUUCUUGGUUUCCAACAGAAGUAAAAUGGGUUUGUGGGGGUGAAUCCCUUGCUAAGAUUUGACAACUUUUCUGAAAGCUAGGCCUUCUUCUAUUAUACAUAAUAAUUUUGCAUUGGGGUCACCUUCGUAUACAUUCUUAGUACAUCAACCCACGCUCUUCUUUCCUUCAUGAACCCUAGUGGGUUACUGAUAACUUGAUAACCAUUUCUGAAUUUGUCUUAACUAUUUGGUUUCCUCUGGCAGGCAGUGAUGGCCACCACCUAAAUGUCCUUCUAUUAGAGAACGUUAGGCCACAAUGUCCUAUGCCCGCUGCCCUCUCUUCCACAUCUCUCCAAACCGAGGCACAAUGGAAAUGCAAGUUCAAACUCCGUGCUCUUCACAGCUAGAGGUUUGAAUAUAAACUUUUUUUUUUUUUUUUAAUCAAAAUGGUGAAGAUAGUUUCCUAAAGCAAAGGGCUCUCCUUCAAAAACCAGUUGGCAAGAAUCCAUUUCCUUCUAAGGUAGAACAAAGUCAUGCUGUUUUGCCUUUGUUAAUAAUGAAUUGUUAGGGGCAAGGAAACACAACUAUGCAUUUUUUUAAAAGGAAAUCUAUAAAAUGGCUGGUUGUUGGCUCCUUUGGCAAAAACUCAUACCUGGUAGAUGGCAAAUGAAACGAAAACAGAAACAAGAUUAUAAGAUCAUUGAAGGGCUUGGAGAAAUGCCAGAGCUUCCUGGUUUGUUUCUAUUUGUUGAGCUCUCUGGCCUAGAGGAAGUCCUCACCACCCUCUGACAGACCCCUCUUCCUGGCUACAUUCAGUAUAGACCAAUGAUGGCUAUCAUUGGUGUAGUCUGUUAUAAGGUUCUGAUGUCCCAUCCACUUUAGGAUUCCAGAAAAACCAUUUUUCCAAAUUAAUAACUCAAGUGCUUUGGGAAUCAGACUCUCCAACAGGCUAUUGAAAAAGCAGAAAGCACCUACUUAUAAAAGCAUCAUCAUCUUUUUCAUUAAGAUAACUCUUACUUUCAUCUCAGCAAUUUUGUAUUUUAUAAAAUAGUCUCGACCCAAGAUAAAACACCUUCAGUAAAAGUGGUUGUGACUAAGGCAUACAGGGAACACCCAGAAGCUGUUUUUUUUCAAAGUUUGGGGCAUCUUAUGAUGUACUUUGUAAAAAAUUUAAUUGAGGACUUUAAACAAACAGGGAAUUAGAACUGUUUGGUUAGGGUUAGAAGGGAAGAAAGUGAGAAAGCAUAAGAACAUUGGGGAUGUUUUCAUGUCAAAAAGCAAAAGAGUCCCAGUUUCAUAGUUACGGUUUAAUUAUGAUGGUUCAACAAGCUACAUCUGCAGAUAACUAACUCUACACUUAGAAGAUGUUCUUGAAACUCUCUGAGUCUCAGUGACCUCAUUUGUAAAUGAAAGUGAUUCAUCUAGAUGACUCCUAAGGUCCUUUUCAGAUCGGAGAGGAUGUGAUCUGAGUUAAAAGUGGGAGCAUGGAGAAAAUCCCUUUCUGUCCUUCCUGCAGCAUCACCUAAGCAGUGCCUCUUCUGCUCUAGGCACAUGAUAGUUAGAUUUGUUCCUCUGCUUUACAUUUCAGAAUCUCUUUAGGUUCAAAAUACAAAUUUCAAAUUUUAAAGUCACCUGAAUCAUUUUGGUGUGAUUUUUCUGUGUAUUCCUAGGAUUUUCUUCUCAAUUUCAUCCCAGCCUGCCUUUGUUUAUUGUCUCAGUUUCCAUCAGUCCCUUCCUCUCUAACCCAUAUCUCCCAUAUGUAGUUAGAGGCUCACAACCCCCAGAUUCUGGAUAUGAAUCUAGGCACUAAGAAGUUACUAGUCUGUUAGUAGUCUUACUUCUCACUUCAUUUCCUGUCCUCUGUUUAUUUGAUUUUUUUUUUCCCUCUCAUUAGUAAACCAACUAUUUCUUUGCUAUAUUUCUAACGUUUAUCUACCAUUUUUCUUUGUCAAAGAGAAUCUCAGUUAAAAAAAAAAAAGAAGGAACGAAAGGAGGCAGAGGGGUAGAAAGAGAGAAAAAAAUACAAACCAACUGGGAUGUAAGUCACCUUACCUUAAAAGUGACUGAACAAAUCAUUCAAAUUGGACAUGGUAUUCCACUGCAGAAUCUGUCUAUUCUCUAUGGAAGCAGAGGGAAACUAAGAUGAGACUUCAGAGAAAGCACUAGAAACUAACUUGUCUUCAGGGUCAAGCUAAGAUGUUGAGGCUUCAUCUAGAAAGUUAUGGAAAGUCACUAAGUGUUUUAAACAGAGUGAUGAAUUGAACCUGUGCAAAAAUGAACCUGUGCAUUUUUAGAUCGUCUGUUUUGAGAAGCCAGUUCUUCCUGGAAGUCAUCAAGGGCAGAUAUGCAGGGCUGAACAUUUUCUCAGCAGCAUGGAGUUCUCAAAGUCAAAGACUCCAACUCAAACAAACUGCAAGUGAAAACACAGCAUGUGAAGUCCUACCUUCCUCAAAUAGGUGUUACUGAUCCUCAUAGCUGUAGAAGCUCCACUGGAAGUAUAGAAGUCGGGUUAAGAGCUGGGAGUUGGGGCAAUGGUAGUGAAUCUAGAAACGAUCCUUUGUGAAAGGAACACUUCAUUUGGACCUCAAUAUAAGAAACUUGUGGAGGAGCAGGAAAGAAUGCAGGCAGCUGAGAACUGUUGCAUUAAUUAGUUCGAAGUGGAAGAAGCUGAGCGUUAUCUAAAAAGGCAGGUCUGGCAGUCGAAAGGCAUGGAGGAAAAUGGAGCUGGGAAGAGGGUCGCAGCAGGUCCUGUGGGUUCUGGACCUCAGAAGCACAGAGGUAUGUACGCAGUGUCUGUGUCUCUAAAGCAGGAAGGGUGGGUGUGGAGGGGUUUUUGAAGGCAGCAGAAUGUGGCAGUGGCAGCUGCUCUUUUACGGGCUAAAAGGAAAAAGGAAAGGAGAUCUCAGGUACUCCAGAAUCAGGAAAAGGGGAACUAAUAGAGAUGGAAACGUUGAGAGAAAGAGAGGGUGGGUCAUAUAUGAGGUUGGAAAUGAAAGAGACGGUGACUUGGGAGUAAGAAGUAAAAGGACUCACUUGAAGAGGGCAGGGACAUGGCUUGCUUGACUGUGGAGUCUGUGGGGAUGCCUGGCUCUGGCAGGCAGUCGGGUUGUAGUCUGUGUUACUUCGGAUGCCGUAGGCGAGGGAGGUUGCACAGGACUUUUAGGUCACGGGAACUCCUCCCAGAGAAGCACCCGAAGAGAGGAUCCUGAGGUGUGCUUUCUCUUUUGCCUCCCUGUGCUUGCCAUGUCAUUGUUCCCCAUUCCCACAUCCCGGUAGCUUUGGUUUCAGCGUCGCUAAAACAGACACGACAGCCUAUUGCUUUAGUGGCUUUUCUGGACAUACAGCGUGCAGAGGGUUUUUGACUCGGUGAAACCAGCCUUAAUUUCUAGGUAGAUUUCAAAUUUAAAAAGCCUUCCUUUGGUUUGUUUAUCCCCUCGAGGACGUCUGUGUUUCUUCCUCUCCACCUUGCUGUUUAGCAGAGCAGAGACAGAGUGACACCAAAGGUCCGCAGCGUGCCUGCCUGGGCCUGCUGCUCAGAAUCUCAGAUGGAAAUGUGCACACAGCAGCGGCACACGCCUGCCAGAGCAAACUGGAGCGUCUGUCGGUGGGAUUCAGGGCCAGUGUGAGACGGCAGCCGACAGGUUGGGGGAGCUCUGCCAAGGUUGAUGGAGCCCCAUUUCCACACCAAACCAAAGCACCCUGCCCCCCACCCCACCCCAGAGCAGCCUACCCCCUUCCCUUCCUUCUACCCAGUACAGCCUGACACAUUGGACCAGAACUGCAACAUUUCAAACAUAAACCAAGGUCGGCCUGGAAGUCCUAAUUAAAAACGUUCCACUCCCAGGUGGCACAAUCACAUCCUGUGUAAAACUUCUGGCUCACAUCCCACCCCCCAGAUGCUGAAAAGAAACCGUCCCUCACUUAACACCAAAACCUCCACUCAACAUUUCUUCAGGGGAUAAAGGAAAAACAAAAGUAUGCUUACACAGAGGUUAGCCUACUUGUUCAUUAAGGAAAAAGAGCGUGGCUUAUUCAUCUGUCUUUCAAACGUUUGAUUGUUGGCAUGAUGAUGUUGAUGAUGGUGGAUUACUAGGACCUAACCAAAUCGGAGGAGAGACUAAAUGCUGGUGCUCUGAAAUGAUCUACCCUGUCAUCUGUAACAACCAGUGAUAACUCUCUUGUCUUGUAAAAAGGGUUUGUACAUAACUUGUACAUGGUUUCAUUUUGUAUUUUUCGCAGAUUAAAAAUUUAUGUAUUUGUGUUCUAAA